GAAAAACCGAAUUUCAUGAAAACCACAAUUUCAGCGAUUAAAAACGAAUACCUAUUCUUUUGAAAAGUAAACAUAAGAUAUAAAAAAUGUCUCGUAAGGAAGCUCUUUCACAAUUUAUCAAUCAAAUACAUGGACGGGCUGUGGUUGUGAAGUUAAAUAGUGGAGUUGAUUAUCGAGGUGUUCUCGCAUGUCUUGAUGGAUAUAUGAAUAUUGCUCUUGAUCAGACUGAGGAAUAUCAAAAUGGACAAUUGAAAAAUAAAUAUGGUGAUGCUUUCAUCAGAGGCAACAACGUCCUUUACAUCAGCACUCAGAAGAUACGACGAGCUUAAUGAUAUAUCCUAAAAAUUAAGCUUUUUCUCAUUACUAAUUUAAUAAGUUUUCAUCUCAGUGAUUACAUGGUUUGAUUAAAAUAAAAAUUCCAUCUUGAAUUCAAUA